GGGAAAACCCCCAGUUCCUUUGCAUUUAACCAAAAUACCCACUCUCUCUCUCUCUCUCUCGAUCCACCGAUCUUUUCCCUUUUCUCCUCCGAAGCUCUGAAUUUUGGUGUUCUUUAAUUUUCUUUAAAUCCGAUCCCUAAUUCGAACCUCCUGAUCAAUUUUCAAGAAGAUUUAGGAGGGUCAAUCACAGAUAAACCAACCAUGUUUACUAGGAUUUUUGGGAAACCUAAACAGGAAACCAAUGCCCUUACCUCCUUAGACAAGUUAAACGAGACACUUGAGUUGCUGGAGAAAAAGGAGAAAGUUUUACAAAAAAAGGCUACUGCAGAAGUUGAAAAAGCUAAGGAGUUCACCAGAGCAAAGAACAAACGAUUGGCUAUACAAUGUUUGAAGAGGAAGAGGCUGUACGAACAGCAAAUAGAGCAACUUGGGAAUUUCCAGUUGCGCAUCCAUGAUCAGAUGAUAAUGCUGGAAGGUGCCAAAGCCACAACAGAAACUGUUGAUGCUUUGAGAACUGGAGCGGCUGCAAUGAAGGCAAUGCAAAAAGCAACGAAUAUAGAUGAUGUGGACAAGACCAUGGACGAGAUUAAUGAGCAAACAGAGAACAUGAAACAGAUACAGGAAGCUCUGUCAGCUCCAAUUGGUACAGCAGCUGAUUUUGAUGAGGAUGAAUUGGAAGCUGAACUUGAAGAACUGGAAGGUGCUGAAUUGGAAGAGCAGCUCCUUCAGCCUGCAACAACAGCUCCUGCAGCUCCAGUGCAGGUCCCAGCAGGCCGGCAACCAUCUCGUCCUGUUCCUCAGAAGCGCACUGCUGAAGAGGAUGAACUUGCUGCUUUGCAGGCUGAGAUGGCACUUUAAGCAGGUUAUUGGUCGGUUGUAAUAUGAUGAACGUUUGGGUUAGAAUUAGCAGGCUCAAUCUGUUAAUUUUCUAUUAAUGCUUCCGUAUGUAUAGUUUUGGUGUGGAAUUGACAAUCCUUCAAAGGUCAAACUUAAAUGAAACGAGUGGAUUCAAAUGAAGUAAAGCAUUGUUCAAUUUGGAUUAGUUGGUCCUUGUAAUCUAAACAGCCAUUAUAUUGAUGAAACACUGCGACUUCUCAAUGUUUUGAUUUAUAAGUCUAAUAAUAUUGGCUUUCAUUAAAAAUAAAAUUAAA